AUGUCUCGCCCCGAAGAUAUCCUCCCUCCCGAUCUGUUUUACAAUGACAGCGAAUCCCACAAAUACACCACCUCGUCACGUAUCCAGCACAUCCAGGCCUCGAUGACCAACCGCGCCCUCGAGCUUCUUGACCUGAAGUACCCCUCGUUGAUCCUGGAUGUCGGCUGCGGCAGCGGUCUCUCGGGGCAGAUUUUGUCCUCGACCGAGCCCGCCGACGGCGGUCCGCACACCUGGAUCGGCAUGGAUAUCAGCGCGUCAAUGCUGGGCGUGGCGCUGGAGCGCGAAGUCGAGGGCGAUCUGUUCCUGGCAGAUGCGGGUCAGGGCGUGCCGUUCCGGCCGGGUACGUUCGAUGCCGCUAUAAGCAUCUCGGCUGUCCAGUGGCUGUGCAAUGCCGAAAGCAGCGAGGAGACGGCGCAGGGCAGACUGAGCAGGUUUUUCAACGGCCUCUAUGCAAGCUUGAGGCGUGGCGGCAGGGCGGUGUGCCAAUUUUACCCCAAGAAUGACCAACAGAAGGGCAUGAUCAGUAGUGCCGCCAUGAGGGCAGGCUUCGGCGCAGGUCUGCUGGAGGAUGACCCGGGCACUAAGAGCGCUAAGACGUAUCUUGUGCUUACUGUCGGUGGUGGCGAGUUGGAAGGUGACAUUACUGGUGUCGUGAAGGGCAUGUCGAACGUCGAUGUCAUGGACUCGAGAAAGAAGAUGGCGCAAAGGAAGAGGGGUGAGGAGGUGAAGGGCAGCAAGGCAUGGAUCAUGCGCAAAAAGGAUCAAAUGGAACGGAAAGGAAAGGUGGUCAAGGCUAGCUCCAAGUACACCGGAAGGAAGAGGAAGACCGCUUUUUGAUCGAUAGGUCUUGUCGCCAAUCAUCCUCCGGGUACUGGAUUGGAGUUGGAAUCUUAUGGUGCUUGUCCUGCGCCGUUGAAUGUUCGCAGGACAGGGAGUGGACUUCUCAC